AUGAAUUUGAGGUCCGGUAAUGGUUUCACGAAGAAGGAAUUAUCGUUAAGGCUGCGUAUCGCAUUGGUUACGGCCACAUGUACGGUGGUGCUAGUGGUUGUUGCGUUCGUUACAGGUACGUUGCAAUAUGGUCGUAUAUUAGUGGAGCCUAGGAGUACUCUCGUUGUUGCCAAGAGUACUGCUUACAACAGCACGAUAAAUCCCAGUCUCCAUCGCAAGCUUCUUCACAAUCAUGCAACACAGGUGGAAAUAAACCGAAUAUGGGGCGACAAGUGUUCAAAAUCCGACAUUGUCAUUAACCAGGGUCCCACAGAUCCCCUCCCAAGCGGCAUCCCCACUUACACAGUUGAAGUCAUGAACGUUUGCACCACCGGCUGCGACAUCUCCGGCAUCCAUCUCAGCUGCGGUUGGUUCAGCUCCGCCAGGCUCAUUAACCCCCACCUCUUCAAACGCCUCCAUUACGACGACUGCCUUGUCAACAACGGCAAACCCCUCGUUAACGGCCACACCAUCUCCUUCCAGUAUGCUAAUACCUUCCGUUACCCUCUUUCCGUUUCCUCCGUCAUCUGCUCAUGACCUACGUACGUGGCAAUCUUAUUUUUUCCUUUGGGAGUUUUGGGUUAAUUCCUUCCCUACUAUAAUUUUUGCACAAGCAUCAGAUUCAGAUGUCAAAAUUCAACUCUCUAGUGUAAUGCAACGUCCAAUUCAACUAAACAUUAAAGGGUUUACGUACAUUUAAUUUCCAGUUUGUAGGGGAGGAGAGAGACUGCCUACUUGUAUAUGAGAUGAUUAGAGCUG